GAUGGCCUCGAGGAAGAAAGUGCUGCUGAAGGUCAUCAUCCUGGGAGACUCUGGAGUCGGUAAGACAUCACUCAUGAACCAGUAUGUGAACAAGAAAUUCAGUAAUCAGUACAAAGCCACAAUAGGAGCAGACUUUCUGACAAAGGAGGUGAUGGUGGAUGACAGACUAGUUACAAUGCAGAUCUGGGACACGGCCGGACAGGAGAGGUUCCAGUCUCUGGGUGUGGCCUUCUACAGAGGCGCAGACUGCUGCGUCCUGGUGUUCGACGUGACUGCCCCCAACACGUUCAAAACCCUCGACAGCUGGAGAGACGAGUUCCUCAUCCAGGCCAGCCCCCGGGAUCCUGAGAACUUCCCCUUCGUCGUGCUGGGAAACAAGAUCGACCUCGAAAACAGACAGGUGGCCACAAAGCGGGCACAGGCCUGGUGCUACAGCAAAAACAACAUUCCCUACUUCGAGACCAGUGCCAAGGAGGCCAUCAACGUGGAGCAGGCCUUCCAGACGAUUGCCCGAAACGCGCUGAAGCAGGAAACGGAGGUGGAGCUGUACAAUGAAUUCCCUGAGCCCAUCAAACUGGACAAGAACGAGCGGGCCAAGGCCUCGGCAGAAAGCUGCAGCUGCUGAAGUGGCAGAGAGAGCAGAGCACCCAGUCUUCACGAACCAAGAACACACGUAGGCCUUCCACCAUGAGCCCCUCUCCUCUCCACACAACAGUCAUCUCUCACAUCCAGCUGCCAAAAGAACCCCCAAAGUUUCCCCUGCGCACACACACACCCACCCCUGACACAGACAGACUCCACAGCCCAGGCCUGUGACGGCUCUGUCGGGGUCCCUGCGUCAGCAGAUGGCAGCAGGCUGGGCCGGCUGUAGAAAUCGUUCCGGUUUGGAGUCGGCCUCGGAGGCUGCUUCUUUUUGUCCACUGGAGAGAGAGAACUGUUACAGUCAACCUGUGUCUAAAUUAGUUGGUUUUUUUUUAACUGUCUUGUGGUUUUACCCCCCCGCCACCCCACCCCUGUGAAGGCUACCACUUGGGAAGGCUGGUGCCCUGCGCUUCCUUACAGGCUCACACCCGGUCCGCUCAGGCUGCGGUUUUGUAUGUAUCUGUUAAUGCUACUUUUAACUAAUCAGAUCUUUUUACAGUAUCCAUUUAUUAUGUAAUGCUUCUUAGAAAAGAAUCUUAUAGUACAUGUUAAUAUAUGCAACCAAUUAAAAAUGUAUAAAUUAGUGUAAGAAAUUCUUGGAUUACGUGCUGAAGUCCUGUGAUGCAGGCGUAGAGAUGGAGGGUUGAAGCCCGUCUGGAUCGCAGAGCGUUCAGCCACUCAGAUUUCAGAAAUCCAGCUGGAGGCAGU